AUGAUUGUGCAACUGCAGACGUCAUAUGGUGAGCGCAGGCUGUGGCUCACACGAAACUGCCUGCCGACUACUGCCGGGAAUGGCCCUUACACCUUUCAAGAGAAAUUUAACAAGGAUCUACAAGUCUCGCCAUUCACACCCACCAUGGCAAGCUAUGUGAUUAACUCGUCUGAUCCAUGUGCAGCCCCCUUAAACAAGCUGAAGAUCAUGGUCACACUGAAAGGAGAGAACGAAACAAUCAUGCACGGGGUGGUCAACUCUACCGGUUUGCCCCUUGACGCUGCCACUGCGAGCCUAGGUUCUUCUAUGCAUUUCCUCAUGAGCUGGUGGUGGGUUCCAAUGUGUAGCGUGGUGGUUUUCCGGCUUCUCUGCAAGGCGGCAAAGAUAUAUUUGACGCACAAUGACAAGGAGCUUAACAUCCAGACAAGAGCAGAGCCUACCACAACUGCUAUCUCCAAGUCUGCACAGCUUUCCGAAAGGUGA